AUGGUGCACAUCCGAGUGCGCGACGAGCAGGCUGCCAGUGCAAAGUGGUGUCCGAAAAAGGACCAGGCAGGGAACGACCUGCAGGACAGCCGGUUCCCUAAAGCCUUUGCGGUCACAUGCACUUACAAGACGGGCGUUAGGACGGGUCGGGACCUUCCUGUCCUGGCCACAAGCCCAACUUCGCAGCGUCUGCCAGUGGCGCCGCCCCUCCUCCUCCACCGCCGCCCACUGGCACACCGUCGCUGGCCACAACCACUGGCAGCCCUCAGCCUGACAAUCCCCCGCCCGAGAAGCCCGGGGUCCCUAGUACUACCGCCAAGUGCGUCGCCCAGCACCGCGCACCCCGACGCGGUAGUUAGCCAAAACGCGACGCCGUCGCCCGCCGGCAACGCUGCUCUCUCGGGCAAGCAGAAAGCGCCGAUCGGUGCUAUAAUUGGCGGCAUCCUCGGGCCGCUGUUCCUCCUGCUGCUUCUCGCAGCCGGCUUGCUCUGGUGGCGGCGCAAACAGCGCAAACAGGAAUCCGAGUGGCGCCGCUACCCCCCGCCCGCGCCGUCCUUCCAUACAUACACGUACACCGGUACGGAAAGCGACUUCAUCCGGUCGCAUUCAGAGCUGCUACACAGCCAUGCCUCUGCGGUGGAGAACCUCCCCGGGCCGCCCCCGUCGUAUGCUUCUCACCCGGCGUCUGCUCGGCCCGGACGAGUGCGCAGCGCAAGCACGUAUUCGUAUCCCUUUGCGGGCGACUGGCGGGAGGACGCGAAUAACUUGAAGCGCGCUGCGACGACGAGGGAGAAGGAGCGCGAGCUUCAGUUCGUAUAUGAGUAA